AUUUAAUUAACUAAAGAGUAUAUUCAAAUGGCUUUUGUAUAUAGAAGUGAAAACAGAGGAACUUACAUUCCAAAAACUGAAUAAGUGGGACCUGGACAAUAUGAUCACAUCCCUGAAAUAGAAAAUAGGGCCAAUCACCAUCCCUUUAAUUCAACUGUCGAAAGAAUAAAUAAAUCCAAUAAUCCUAAUCCUAUUCCUGGCCCUGGAACUUACAACAUGCAAGGGUCCUUCGAAUGCCAAAAAGUAAUCUUUUAAUCAGACGAACAAGAAAUCAAAAUUUUGGAAGUACCUAAACCAAUAUCAGUUUUCAGAUCCACUACUGUGAGAUUUAAAGAGGAUAGAUUUGAAGGACCUAGGUAUAAUCAACUUAUUCUAUCCUUAGUCCGACUCAAUACUUUUAAGAUGAAAGGUAGAAAUUUCAUUCAGCCGGUUAAGCCAAUCGCCCUAAAAAACUUAAUGUUUUGGAUCAAUUAGCUAGGGAAAAAAAAUACUUAAGCAUACCCUCAAUUCCUUCUAAUGUUCAUCAAGGCUACAUUGAGAAUAAAGGUUAUAAUACUCAAAACUAUAUAAAGACAAUCAGUUGGAAUAAAAUCCUGUUGACAUAUCUAAUGAUGUUGGACCAGGAUCUUACGAUCUUAAAAGUACAUUCAACAAUACAAAACCAAGAGGAGUCUCAUGGCAUAAGCCAAGAAGCUAAGACAAAAAAGAUUAUUAGUCACCUAUCGGCCCUGGUUAUUAUGACAUAUGCGGUCAAUCCUAACCUAUGUACUAAAUGAAGCCAACCACAGCAUUCAGUUCUAAACAAAGUCGCUAUUCGGAUUUUAAAUUUUAAAAUUUCAAAUACAACACUGGAUUUAUCAAAAAAGGAUUAGAUAAUAAAUAAUAUAGUUUUCAUUAAUCUACUAAUCCAACAACUACAGCCAGAGAAACUGAUGUUGAAUCAGAAUAUAGUUACAUCGAAGUAUUUUAUAUCAUUCAAAUAGGAUGCGACACCAGGUCCUGGUUACUAUGAAAAUGCCUCUACUCAGUAAACGAUUUCUUAAUUUUUAAAUAAAUCUUAAGCUAAAGGUUCAAUUAAAACUAGAACGAAACGAUUUCAAUCAAAAUCAUAGCAUACUCCUGGUCCUGGCAGUUAUUAAUUGGAAGUAACUGCUCAUAGACAUAAAGGCGCUUAACCUCCAUUUUUGAUAAGCAAAUCUAGAUUUGAAGAAUAAUUGUCAGUGACUCCUGCUCCUGGGUCAUAUAUAGCUGCGAAUACAAUAGAAUAAAGAUUGAUCUCGAAAUUAAUGAAGGCUCCAUUAGGAUAGUUUGGAGUUAAUGAGAAUAGAUUCAAAGAACAAAAGUUAUUAGUUCCUGGCCCUGGAGCAUAUGAAGUUGAUAAAAUUGAGGAUGCAAAAAAAGACAAGAAAUUACCAGAACAAAAGGGAACUUAUGCUUUUACGAGUCAUGCUCCAAAAAGUUAGGAUUUAUCAAUUCCAAAUAUCAAUCCAGCCCCAGGUGCAUAUAAUGUUAAUUAACAUACAAUUGCUAAUAAAAUUCUAAAACCAGAGGAGGAUGAUCCUAAAUUGGCAGUUAUUAAACCACCAUUUGGUGUUGGUGCUCAAAGAUGGAAGAUAAAAGAAGCGAAUGAAGAUGAAGAAGAUGAUGAACCUACUUAUUUAGACAAAUCACCAUAAAAUCAAUUAGGAUUAUUUAAAAAGAAAAAAAAAGAUCCUCCUCCAUUUAUGUGCAAAGUAAUUAUAUAAUAUUGAUAUCAAUAGUAAGAAAGAUUUUCAAAAAGUGUUCCUAAGAAUAAUCAACCUGGUCCUAUGGAUUAUGCUGAUGGAAUGUUUCCUAAUUGGAAUAAAAGAACAUUUAAUAUCAUUUUUGCUGAAAUUUGA